GUUGAAACAUUUUCAUCAUAAUACGUCAAACGUAUCAUCACAGGGGUUUCACUUGAGUGAUUUAUUUCAUUAGCAGUUGACUUUAGUGAAGUGUUAAUCCAACAUAAUGCAGGAACCAAAGUCAGAAGUGACUGCGCUGGACACCGAGUCUGCGAGAACGUCGCUCAUAUCUGGUUUAACAAGUGCGCCAACGCCACGCCAGGCGUCCGGGCUGUUCCACCUCGGUCGGCCCCUGCUUGGCUGUAUAGUUGUGUCACUAACAUUAUUAGCAUCGACAGGCAAAACAGACGCCGACAGAGAUCAUCACGUGAUUAAGAGAUAUAUACCAAGUUCCAAUCACAUUGUUGAGCAGCUGGAGAGUAUUGGAGGAUGGGACGUUAAUCUGCACAUAUUCCAAGACAUAACUCCCCAUGGCACGAAAACAUUCACCAACAUCAUUGCAACCCACAACCCCAAUGUCGAACGGCGCCUGACCCUUGCCUGUCAUUACGACAGCAAGUACUUCAAUAUGUUCAAUUUUAUUGGAGCAACUGAUGCAGCCCUUCCAUGUGCCCAGUUGCUCUACUUGGCCCGAUCCCUGGCAGAGCCCCUCAGGCAAGCUUCCAACCCCCCUGUUACACUUCAGCUAAUAUUCUUUGACGGUCACGAGUCCUUCAUACGAUGGUCAGACAGAGACUCUUUAUAUGGAUCACGCCAGCUUGCUGGAGAAUAUAUAGAUAGAACCUCUAUCGGUACUCUCCUUGAUGGAAUGGAUAUUCUUGUUUUGCUGAAUCGUCUUGGGUCAAAGAAUUCGAAUUUCAUUAAUUUCUUCUAUGAUACAUCUGUCUGGUACAACCACAUGAUAGAUAUAGAGCAAAGGUUAAAAAGAAACAAACUGUGGUAUGGUAAUGAUAAUUACUUUCAAGACAAUGCUCAUUUCAAUGUCGAUAUCCAAGAUGACCACAUCCCAUUCAGAAAUACAAUAAGAACUUUGCUCCUUGCCACUUAUCCUUUUCCGGAAGUUUGGCACACUGAGGGGGACAAUGCAGCUGCUUUGGAUGACGACACAAUCUCAAAUCUCAGCAAAAUGUUUCAUGUGUUUGUGAUUGAGUAUCUCGGCCUCUCUGUCCUACAAUAACUUAAUUCAGACCAAACGCGUGUUUUUUCUUAUUAAGAACAAGUACCGAGACAUAUUUUGUUAUAAUGUUUGGUCAUUUAGUUAAGGUCAAGGUCAAAGGUAAUUUCAGUUUAAUUGACUUGAAUGGAAAAUUAUUUUUUUUGUUUUUUAAAAACAAAUAGUAAAUCUGAAACUUGUAUAAAAAUAGGUUUUUACUUUUUUUAUUUCCAAGUUGAGGUCAUAGUUAACUUGAGAUAUAUGAACUGAAAGUUUUAUUUUCCCUUUUUUCUCUAAAGGUUUUUUAUUUUUCUACUUAAAUGUGUUUUCAUAAUCCAUUAAUGUUGUAUAUAUAUAUAUAUAUAUGCAUCAACUAUUAGCUGUCAAAUAUAAUCUAUUACUAAAUUACAUUAUUGUCAUAGAUUUAGUCGUGUUUCCUUUCUUUUUUUGGUUGUGGAUUUUUUUUCAUUUACGUUUAUUUAUUUAUUCAUUCAUCUAUCUAUUUAUUUAGAUGGAUAUUCAUAUGUUUAUUUUCACUCAUUGUUUAUUUGUUUUUUAUUUUACUUUAUUUAUUUAUUCAUUUCAUUUAUUUUUAUUUUUAUUCAUUUCAUUUAUUUUUAUUUUUUGGGGGGUGGGGUCCAGUGCCCCAGGCUAUGUAUACGCCAGUGUAUCAUCUCACAAAAUAUUCUGACAAAUACAAACAUUAUUUAGACAGCAAUUUAUUUCAUAGAUGUUCAUGUCUUAAAAGGGGGUAAUUUGUAGAUACUUGAUGAUUAAAAUAAUAUUAUUCGAGCAGUAUUUCAAUCGGGCAUGCAUUUAAUAUUCCAAUAAAGCGUUAGAAGAUCUCUAUGUCUAUGGGAUUAACGUAUACUCCUCGAAGUUAUCGACAUUCCGCCCUCUACGUUUAAAUUAUUAAAAAAACUGCGCGAUGGAGAAUUAUUUAUCUUUUGUUUAAAGACUUCCAUUUUUGUAAAUGAUAUAUGUUUUUAAAAAUAGAAAAAGUGUAGGCCUAACAUAGAAAAUGACUUAACAAUGAAUGUUAAAGUACUAUAUCAUGGGAAAAUAAAUCAAAUUCCAUGUGCUUUUCAAAUUAAUCGUUCUAAUAGGAAUACAAACAUAGAAGCAUUAAAGAUAAAUGAAUGCACCAAUGAGUGAAAAUGAAUAUAUUAUAUCGAUAAUAGAUAGAGUAAUAAUGGAUAACUGAAUAUAUAAUCAUUAAUAAAUCAAUAAACUAAUCAGUAUUUUUAGAACUAUAUAACAACGUGUAUUUUGUAUAUUCACUGCCUUGGAGAAUGGGUUAAUGAUUAAAAAACCCGCAUUCCAGAAUUAAACUUAAAAUUUCGGGGAAGCAUGGUAAGCGCGACGGCUUUCUGUAACUCACACAUACAAAACAAUACAGUUACAAAUCUCCUGUCUUUAUCAUUAAAUUUUCUUUUAUCAUUUUUUUUGUUUCGACUCCCCCAUAUCAAUCUGUAAUACAUAGCCAAUAGAGAUGUAUAUGUCUAUUACUCUAUUAUAAUCAUUAUAUCAGCAAUGUCAUGAAAAUGAUUUUUCGGCAAAUCGGUACAGCAGAAUGAAAACAAACAACUGAUUGCCUCUUUAAAAUCUCUUUAUUGAAAUGAUUUAAAUUGAUUGUUUAUUUGUCAUGCACAAAACAAAAUUUGCAUAAAAUUUAUCUCAUAAUAAUAAUAAUGAUAACAAUAAUAAUUAGACUUAUAUCGCGCCAAAUCCACUCCUUAGAGUGCUCAAGGCGCUUUUUAGGAAAUUAUAGAAGAAAUUAAGAAGAAUUGAAGAGAAUCCUUUAAGAGGUAAUGUUUGAAAGUUUCAGAGGUCAAGCACUGUUUGAUGUUUUCAGGGAGGCUAUUCCAUAACUUAGAGGAUGAGGAAACAAAAUGAUCUUUUCCCCAGGUUUUGGAAACUUUGGGGGUAUAUAACAAGAGAAUUGGAAAAGGAGGAACGUAAGGAUCUUGAAGGGGUAUAACUUUUGAUCAGUGAAAUGGGGUACUGGGGAGAAGAGCCAUGGACACAGUGGAAAGUUAAAAAACUAUGGAACGCUUCACGAUUUUGCGUGUCAUUCCUGCAUGGCUGACAUUUCAUAAUACACUUG